UGACACCUUGUGCCGCUUAUUAUAGGAGGUGAUGGUCUGAUGACACCGGGCUCCGCUUAUCAUAGGAGGUGACGGUCUGAUGACACCGGGCUCCGCUUAUCAUAGGAGGUGACGGUCUGAUGACACCGUGCGCCGCUUAUCACAGGAGGUGACGGUCUGAUGACACCUUGUGCCGCUUAUCAUAGGAGGUGACGGUCUGAUGACACCUUGUGCCGCUUAUUAUAGGAGGUGAUGGUCUGAUGACACCGGGCGCCGCUUAUCACAGGAGGUGACGGUCUGAUGAUACCGGGCGCCGCUUAUCAUAGGAUGUGACGGUCUGAUGACACCUUGUGCCGCUUAUUAUAGGAGGUGACGGUCUGAUGACACCGGGCUCCGCUUAUCAUAGGAGGUGACGGUCUGAUGACACCGGGCUCCGCUUAUCAUAGGAGGUGACGGUCUGAUGACACCGGGCGCCGCUUAUCACAGGAGGUGACGGUCUGAUGACACCUUGUGCCGCUUAUUAUAGGAGGUGAUGGUCUGAUGACACCGGGCGCCGCUUAUUACUGGAGGUGACGGUCUGAUGACACCGGGCGACGCUUAUCACAGGUGACGGUCUGAUGACACUGGGCGCCGCUUAUCAUGGGAGGUGACGGUCUGAUGAUACCGGGCGCCGCUUAUCAUAGGAGGUGACGGUCUGAUGACACCGGGCGCCGCUUAUCACAGGAGAUGACGGUCUGAUGACACCGGGCGACGCUUAUCAUAGGAGGUGACGGUCUGAUGACACCGGGCGACGCUUAUCACAGGUGACGGUCUGAUGGCACUGGGCGCCGCUUAUCAUGGGAGGUGACGGUCUGAUGACACCGGGCGCCGCUUAUUAUAGGAGGUGACGGUCUGAUGACACCGGGCACCGCUUAUCACAGACGCCCCAGUGCAGGGAUGGAGAAACGUAAGGAGAAGAUGAAAUGCAGCGCGCUGUCUGCCAUGGUGACGUUUCACGACGUGGCCGCCUGCUUUGCGGAGGAUGACUGGGACGUGAUGGAGGAGUGGCAGCGGGAGCUGUACCGGAGCGCCGUGAAGGAGAUCCACCGCGCCCUGCAGGAUCUGGGUUACAGGAUCCUGAACCCAGAGCUGCUGGUGAAGAUCGAGAAGUCGGGUGAGCAAGGGCGACGCUGCGGCAACCCGUCAACAAGUGGAGGCGUCCUCAUGCCGGACAUCCUGCUAAAAAUACAACGUCGGAAAGUGGACGGAAUCUUACCGGGAAAAGAGGCGACGAGGAGACGCACAGAGUCCAGCCGAGGAAGUCGGGCUCGGAAACCGGAACGUCCGCUGAAAGUCAAGCAGGAGAACAAAGCUUAUUACUCUGACACCGAAUCUGAGGACAAAGCCACGUCGCCGCCUCCACACGAUCUUGUGGUUGUUGUGAAGCAAGAAGAUGCAGAGGACGAGCAGCAAGUAAAAACACCAGCGGCGUCACAGGAAUCGGAGGCUGAGCGGCAGUCCCAAGAGGAAGCAGAACCUCCUGAUCCUGCCAAGAAGUUUGACAAAGCGAAGGGCUCUGAGGAUCUGACCAGUGAAGACCCCACAAAGCCUUUGAGCCCCUCCCCCUUGGUCAGCCCCGAUGGAGAUUCUGCAUUCCUGUUUUCUGAAGCUGGUCUGAAUAGGCCUCUCGCCCCAGAGUACUCCCUGGAGAGCGCCCUCGAGUUUGAGAAGUAUCUGAGCAGCCUGACGCAUCCUGCCCUACGGCGGCCGGCACGCAGCGAGUUUGACCAUGGCUUCUACGAGAAUUACAGCAUCCACAGUAAGCAGCGACUGAUGCUGAUGGGGGAGAAGCGUUACCGCUGCACCGAAUGUGGCAAGGGCUUCACCAGGAACUCCCACCUGAAGGCGCACCGCAGAAUCCACACCGGGGAGCGACCCUACAAGUGCUCAGAGUGCAGCAAGACCUUCAGCGAGAACUCCCACCUGACCGUCCACCUGCGGGUCCACUCUGGAGAGAAGCGCUACAAGUGCAGCAUGUGCGACAAAAGCUUCAGCGAGAACUCCAACCUCAUCGUCCACCAGCGGAUCCACACCGGUGAGAAACCCUACAAGUGCCCCGAGUGCGAGCUCUGCUUCAGCCAACACUCCAGCCUGGUGCGGCACCGGCGCAAGCACUCGGGGGCGCGACCGUACAAAUGCGCGCACUGCGAAAAGACUUUUAGCCAGAAGGGUCACCUCAGCAACCACAUCCGGACACACACGGGCGAGCGGCCGUACAAGUGCCCCGAGUGUGGAAAAUGCUUCAGCGAACAUUCCCACCUGACCGGCCACCAGAAGAUCCACACCGGGGAGAAGCCAUACACCUGUGACGUCUGCCACAAGGGCUUCAGCAAGAUCUCCAACCUGAAGGCCCAUCAGCAGAUCCACACCGGUUACCGGCCCUACAUAUGUGCCCAGUGCGGCAAGAGCUUCACUCAGCACUCCACCCUGGUCCGACACCAGAGGGUCCACACUGGCAAACUGGACUCCUUCUGGAGGAAACUGUAUGAGGUGGAGGAUGCUCAAGAUGUCUCCUGGAAAGACCACCUCAGCCCUGAAAGCCGAGGAACUGAGGAGGAACUGUCCUGUCACCCCGACCAGCAGUGCUGACCACCUGGGACUAAUGUACUAUGAAUGUAAAGGAGCCGUCCACCCCGUGGAGUCCUGCUCUGUCAAACCGAUAUAGGCAAUGUUAAAGGUGACCCAACUUUCCCGAUGUAGUUCUGUAGUGGUAACAGAUCAAGGAUGCUGCAGAGAAGACUUCUGCUUUCCUGGGCGCCUGGUGUGGUGGUGAUCUCCUGGAUUAUGAUGCUAGGAAAGCUCAGUGACAACAAUAUGUCCGCCUUUACUGCACAGGUGUCCCCCAGCUUUCCCAGGUGCCUGAGAGGAUACAUCACCAAGCCUGUCUGUAUCCAGGAAAGCUGGGUGACAACCCAUGCAAUGGAGCUUUCCCCAGAUCUAGAUCUACUGUAGAAGAGGCCGAGCAGUCUUUCCUCUUGUUCUGACGGAGACUCCAGGCUUCGGGAUUUUGGUCAAUGUGAAUUUUCCGCUUUUAUUAUUUAUUUCAGUUUUGCGUCGUUAUAAAUGAUAAUAAUCUCGGACGGUUGUCCACUGCUCAGAAUAUCCGGAACAGUCAGCCACCGGCUGCGCAAGGCAUGGAAGGGUUAAUUGCGGCACGAUGCAUGUAGAGCCGGCACCAUCCAUAAUACACACGAUUGG